AUGCGGGAGAGCUGGAAGUUGGAACAGGUCGGACCGUCGAAGUACAAUGGCCCGUUUAUACCUGUCUUCCAAUACCACUAGAUAGAAUGCAGACAUGAAUGGACUCUAUCAACAACUCUUUGUCCUGACCAAUCAGUACGGGCAACAACAGAACUGUACAUAUCGUCCUUCAUGCCAACUCCAAUCUACCAGACUCUCAACUACCCUAUUUACCUGGUAAACGCCCUAUAUUCAUUCUGCAAUAACUGAACAUGGAGUCACAACACACCACCACCAAUCCCUACGCCCUCAUCAAACGCGAAACCGCCACGGCACCUCAGCCAAGAAACCAACACCACAAAUCUCCGAGUCAACAAUGUGCAUUCAAACCGGAAAACCAUGUCGCUGGUUCUGCUCCGUCGGCGCCGCCGCCGCCGCCGACCCCUUCUGCCCUGACUACGACCCUGUCCGUGGCGCGGUCCAUGCCAACUGCUGUGAUCAUCCCAGGAUUGUGUGCUGCGGCAACCAUGAAGAAGACGGACAUGAUGGUGCCGGUACGACAGGGGGUGCCAGGCACUGUCCUGGAGGUGGUCGCUUUCCGGUUCCAAUUCAAGCUGUGUACUGCGGCAACCCUGAGUACGCCGGACAACCUGAGGUACGCGGGAGUUGUGUGUUGCAGCGUCUCGUCAAGAUUGAAUGGCACGACAUCUUUGAAGAGGCAUGCGUCGUGUGCGAAUGGAAGCUGAGUGGGGCCGAGUCUUACGAUGAUAUGUCGGAGUACGAGGCCCCGGUCUGGGCGGGCCUCGGAAUCGGACUGCAUUGGCUGUCUGGACGCGGUAUUCGCCUUCUGGAGGACUGAG